GCACACACACCAGAAGGGGCGGGGCUUGAAACUCGGCGCGGGGAGAUUCGAGCGGAACUCGCGGCUCCAGACGAUGUUUGUUUACGACGAGUCCGCAGCACCGAGAAGAGUUAGCCCUCCGUAUGCUGACCGGUAGCUCGAGCCCCGCACGUCUCAUCCUAGGGCGGGUUCAGCCGGACUAGCCUACCGAGCUACAGCUGCUCUCCUGCAGAUGGAGGCUAUGGACAUGGACGAGGAGCCUGUGGUCGUGGCAGUCCGAGGCCCGGACCUCGGUGGAGGCCCACGUUUCCACUUCCCUCUGUCAGACUCGGAGAGCAGCCCGGAGCUGGAGACCGGUCUGGACGAGGAAGAACCGCCUCCCAUCAUGAGCACCUGGGCCUUCAACCAGCGCUCUGCCCCGGGCCAGAGGGGGGAGCCACGCCCCAGAGCUGCACGGGGGCCUGCAGCCACCCAGCCCCGCCGGAGGACCAGACGGGGACUCGCUCCGCCCUCCAGAGCCUUCCUGGACUUCCUGCUGCGGGCCCCGGCCGCCAGCGAGGCCCUCCAGGGGUCCGGCAGCAGCACCGACAUCAGCGGCUCUGACACCGAGGAGCAGGCCCCGGGCCCCUCGCUGGGGGCCUCUGCUGCUCUGGGGCCCCCUGCUGGGUCAACAGAACCCAGCGCCCCGACAAAUGAAACUGCAGGGGGGCGUGUCCAGCUGGGCCCCGUGGUCCCGCCUCCGGCCACUGUGACUCCGCCCUGUGUCCCGGUGGCCACACCGUCCUUCCAGCCCAGCCAAUCGGAGGAGGGGGAGGGGGACACCUGCCCCAUCUGCUUUGAGCUGUGGGCGACGGCGGGCGAGCACCGGCUGGCCACGCUGCGCUGCGGACAUCUGUUCGGACACGCCUGCAUCAAGCGCUGGCUCAAGGGCCAGGGGCAGGCCGGCAAGUGUCCUCAGUGCAACAAGAAGGCCAAGCGGUCGGACAUCGUUCUGCUGUACGCCCGUAAACUCCGCGCCGUGGACAACUCGGAGCAGGAGGCCAUGAAGAAGUGUCUGGCGGAGGAGCAGACUCUACGCAGGAAGGCGGAGCUGGAGUCGGCUCAGUGCCGCAUGCAGCUCCAGGUGGUGACGGAGGAAUGUGGAAAACUCCGGAAACAGGUCCAGGAUAUCCGGACGCUGAUGUCUCAGGCGGGCGGAGCCUCCUGGUCCACAGGGGGUCUGUCCCAGCGGACGGAGGCUCCCCGGGGGGGCGGCCACUACACCUUCUCCAAGGGCGUGCUGGUGUCCCAGGCCGGGGGCUGCCGGGUCCUGGCCUUCUGCGGCCCCCUGGGCUGCCUGCUUGCCUCCCAGCCCUCGCCCCAGGCCACGCUGGUCCCAGGCUACGGCGUGAAGAAGAUCAGCACGGUGAACAUGAAGGCCAGUCAGUACAUCCACAUCCACAGCAAACAGAUCCGCGGCCUGGCCUUCAACCGCCGGGACGACAGCCUGAUGCUCUCCGCCUCCCUGGACAACACGCUGAAGAUCACCAGUUUGCUGACGAACACGGUCGUCCAAACUUACAACGCUGGGAAGCCUGUGUGGAGCUGCUGCUGGAGCCUUGACAACAGUAACUAUGUUUACGCUGGACUUCUCAACGGCUCGGUUCUGGUCUACGACACCAGAGACACUAGCACCCACGUCCAGGAGCUGCUGCCGCUCGGAGCCAGGUCUCCGGUGCCGUCCCUGUCCUACAUCCCGCGGGUGGGGUCCGGCCCCUUCCCCUGUGGUGGGCUGCUGGCCGGCUCCCUGGAGGGGGGGUACUUCUGGGAGCAGCUGGAGGGCACCAGCUACCGACCGCACCAGCUCCCCCUGGAGGCGGCCGGCUGCAUCGACAUCCAGGUGGAGACGGCCACCCGCCACUGCCUCGUCACCUACCGCCCAGGGCGCUCCAACCCGUCUCUGCGCUGCGUGCUGAUGGAGCUGACCCGUGUGCCCCAGCUGGUCCCCUCCCUGCAGGGCUCCCUCCCUGGAGGGGCCUGCUCCUGCUCACCGGUCCAGACCUUCAACGCCGGCUCCUCCUGCAAGCUGCUCACCAGGAACGCUGUGUUCCCCAGCCCAGCAGGGGGCGCCAUGCUGGUCUGCGCUGGAGAUGAGGCCUCCAACUCCACCAUGGUGUGGGACGCUGGGUCCGGAGCUCUGAUCCAGAAGCUGCCUGCUGAUCUGCCUGUGUUGGACAUCUGCCCCCUGGAGGUGAACGGAGAUCACUACCUCGCCUCGCUCACAGAGAAGAUGCUGAAGGUUUACAAAUGGGAGUGAAGGGAUGAUGCUCUGACCAGGAUGGUUCAUUGGUACAAAGGGGACAUGAAGGGGGUUCAGGAUCGUGACAGAGGAGACCCCCAUUCAUGAGCCAGGACCCUUCAUCGCUGCCCUGUCAUUUGUCCGUUUUGUUGCCCGGGUGAUGAUGUCUGCCUUGGUUCUCCUCCCUGGAGGAGAAGGAUGAGGUUUGGUCCCAGGGACCAAGUUAGUUCAGAUAUGGACCUCACAUCCCAUAAUUCACAGUGUUUUUGUGUGUGAUAUGUACAUACUGCCAACUGUAUUUUUCAUUGAAUAAAUAAUCUAUGUUUUCACAA